GAGUAUAACGGAAAUAUUUAUUAGUAAUACUAUAUUAAUCCUAAAAAUUAAAGAAGAAAUAAAAAAAUUAUCCCUACCAUUAAUUUUUAAUUUUGUUAUGUUAGAAAAAACCAAAAAUACUUUACUUUUAACAAAGUAAAAAACUCAAAUAAUAUUUGAAGAAUCAAAAUCCAAGUCCAAAAAAUUCAGUGAUUUGAAUUGAAUCGCCGGAGAAAUGGGAAGAGGUUUGGGUUCGCAAAACUUGCCGGCGGACGUCGCUCAGCUGAUCGAUCAGUUAGACCGCCAUUGUUUAGCCCCUGAUGGAUCUCUCAUCUCCAAAUCCGCUCACUACGAUCUCCAACUUGCGAGAGAAGAGAUGUCAAAGGAGAGACAACGAUACUUGGAAUCUUUGGCAAUAUACAUUGAAGCAACUGCGAUGGUAGAGGAUUACCAGCAGGCCAUUUCUGUGGCUAAUCUUGGUGGUAUGAGAGAUGUCCAGGGUUUAUACUCUCAAUUGGGCUUGAAAAACCCUCCUCAGGUUUAUGAGGCUCUUGAGCAUAGGAUGGUUGUUGCAGAAGCAGCACAGAGAUUGAGGCUUCCUCUUAUCUCCAAAGACGGUGAGAUUCACGAGGAGGAAACUGAAAAGUGGAGUACAAUGUCAAGAAGUUCUUUUGAUAGCACAAGCACCAGCAUUACAUUAUGCUCGAGCUCAAACUCAGCUUAUCAAACCAAUGCAUCUGCAAUUGGAGCUGUUCCUACUAUUAGUACAACUGAUUCAACAGAACCAGAUGUUGGUGGUGUUCCCAAUCGGUUCCUUGGAAUUACACCUGCAUAUUUAUGGCAAACUCAACUACAUCAGAUGUCAUCAGUGGACGUGGCAGAAUACCAGAGAUUACUUUCACGGGAGAUUGGUGGCCGGUUAGAUGCUAAAUGUGAUAAGUUAGCUAAUGCAGUUGCUAUUGAUGACAUUGAUAUAUCUGCUGCCAGUCAAAAUUCAGCUGCCAGACUUCCAGAGAGGGUGAAGUUGAUCACUGAGGAGAUUGAAAGAGAAGAAGAAGCAUGGCGCGAGGAUUUAUAUUCAUCUAACAGAAAAUUUGCAGAAUACUAUAAUGUCUUGGAGCAGAUCCUUGGUGUUCUUAUUAAGCUUGUCAAAGAUAUAAAGUUGGACCAUCAACAUAAAUAUGAUGAACUACAAAAGACGUGGCUGUGCAAAAGAUGUGAGACCAUGAGGGCAAAAUUAAGAGUUCUGGAACAUGUUCUCCUACUUGAUACUUAUACCCCAGAAACUAUUCCCGCCCUUCACAAAAUAAGGAAGUAUUUGAUUGAAGCAACAGAAGAAGCAUCACUUGCAUAUGAGAAAGCGGCGUCCCGUCUUCGUGAGUAUCAAGGCGUUGAUCCUCAUUUUGACGAAAUUGCUAGGCAGUACCAUGACAUUGUAAAGAAAUUGGAGAGCAUGCAGUGGACCAUUAACCAAGUUGAAAUGGACUUGAAUCCUUUGCCUGCUCACUCCAGCACCUAAGCCAUCUCUCUUCAUAUUCUUCACAAAGGUUCAUGUAAUAUCCAUUGUAGUUUUGUUGUUUCUAAUUAUUUAUUUUUUUCGACACACUACUUUAAACAACCUCAUAAUCGCUGCCAUUUAUACAACCUAUUUUGAGCUUCAGAACUAAA